AUGGAGGAAAGGCACGAGCAGUGGAUGGCUAAGUACGGGAAGGUUUAUAGGAACGCGCCCGAGAAGGAGAUGCGGCUGCAGAUCUUUACGGACGAUGUGGAGUUCGUAGACGCCUUCAAUGCAGGCGGCCUCGCUACCGAGGCUAAUUAUCCCUACGACGGGACCGACGGAACUUGUAAGACCACAAAAGAAGCCUCCCACGCGGCUAAAAUCACGGACUACGAAGUCGUGCCUGCCAACGAUGAGGCCACGCUUUUGAAGGCCGUGGCAAAUCGACCGGCGUCAGCGUCCAUUGAUGCCGGAGGGCGUAAUUUCCAGUUCCAUUCCACCGGCAUCUUGACGGGAGACUGCGGGACCUAUUUAGGUCACGGUGUUACAGCGGCCGGCUAUGGUAACACCGCGGAUGGCACUUAA